AUGUCGAACAUCAGAAACGCUACACGCUACAAGGACGGAACUGCCAGCGCAGGUGAUGAUGAUGAUGAUGAUGAUGAUGAUGAUGAUGAUGAUGAUGAUGAUGAUGAUGAUGAUGAUGAUGAGACGCAAUUUACAGUCAACCCCUCGUCUUCGAUGAAUUGCAUUCCUCUGCUACGAUGCACCUGCUCCUUGAAGAGUCCAGCUCAAAGCCUCGAUCCAGGACCAGAUGUGAAAAUUGGUGACCGCCUCGCCUGGAUCCCUAUUUGUCCAUGGAGGGAGAGGAGAAGGGGGGGGGGGGGGGGAGGGGUUGGCGCGGAGUUGCCUCCCGAAGCCGCGUCAGAUCUCCUUACCCCUUGUUUUCAGGAUAACAAACCACGGUAA